ACGCAUUAUUUGGUAUUAAGAUGUAUCCUCCAAAUUCAAUGUUUCUUCUAUGUGCUGUUGUCGUACUGACCCAUAUUUCGUAUGUGAAUGCAAGAGCUCUGGUCAGCACCUCAGCGGUGCAAGUGCGGACAAGUGUGAUUGGGAAUCAUACGGCAAGAAGGAGCAAUGAUACUGCUUUAACUAGACUGCCAGCUCAAGCCAAAUCACUGGAGAUUUCCCAGCCGACAGGGAGAACUCCUGUUGCCCAUAUUAUUCGCAAGAAACGCGAGACUGAGAUGACUUUGCCUUUUGAUUUCAAUACAAUGCAUUUGCCAUGCGAUUUGGAUCAAAGUGGCAGGGCGCAAAUCGUCAGUAGUUUUCCCAAUCAUUGCAUUUGGGUGUGGAACAAUAAAUAUGCGCACGAGGGAACCUUUCGCGUCUAUAAGACAUACCAGCUGGAGGCUUUCUUCUUUGGGCAGUAUUAUGAGCGCCUCAAGCGCUUCGAGAUCGAUCCACACACUUGGGACUACGGCGAUACUGGUGUCUAGAUACUCACAGUAUAGUAUAUAACCAUAAUAAAAUUCUUUGUACGUUUCGUUGAAAUAUAUAUACAGACUACACUGUAACUGGAA